GGCGUCGUGAAAUCCACGAAGAAGGCAGCGAAGAUUUACAAGCGCGCUGUGGAGCUCGGUGACGCGGAGGCGGCUUCGCGCCUUGCGGUCUUGUAUGCAGCCGGAGACGGUGUCAAGUUGGACAAGAACAAGGCGUUGCAGCUCUGGCGUACAGCUGCGGAUAGGGGAUAUGCGCAUGCGCAGGCCAAGCUCGCAGAAUUCCUUGAAGACAACGGCUCCCCACACGAAGAGACCUUCCGCCUACUUGAGCUCGCCGCAAAGCAAAGGAUCACCCAGGCAGAGUACAAUGUCGGUGAACGCUACGUGACCGGGCGCGGCGUGACACAAGACCUCGAAGAAGCCAAACGCUGGUUCGCGCGCGCGGCUGCCAAAGGCCACGAUAAAGCCGUAUCUGCGCUC